CAAUUUGUUUUCGGACGUACACAAUCCGAAACCAGACGUGUUCUGUGUUGAAUAAUAUAUUAUAUUUAUUUUAAUUUAAUUUUUAAAAUGGAGAAAAGGAUAAUGCGAAUCAACCCGAAGUCUGUGACGGCCAUAGCGUCGGGGACAUCAUCUUCUGAUGCGGAACAAAUUUCAAAGCUCAGAGCGUCACAGUCCCCCAUCGCCAUAUCGCUGCAGCGGUGUCCCACUUGGUCUUCCUUGGACCCUCUUCGCUUCAGGGGCUACUGGGACAACGAGGUCAACGGCAUUCUUGUCAACAAUGGACACACAGCUUACUUCACGUUCGAGUCUUCAGCGAAGCCCACUCUUAACGGCGGCCCACUGCUGGGCGAGUACAUCUUCGAGCAGAUGCACUUCCACUGGUCUGUUGAUGACUUCACUGGAUGCGAACACGUUUUAGAUGGACACGGAUACGCUGCUGAAUGCCACUUCGUCCACUACAACAGCAAAUACCACUCUUUGGAGGCUGCUGUAGGCCAUCCAGAUGGACUGGCGGUGGUGGGAUUCCUUCUGGAAGCCGUCAACGCCCCCAAUCCGCGGUUCGACAAACUUAUAGAGGGACUUGAGGGCAUCAAACAGCUGGAGAAAGCAGUGCAGGUCACGUCAGACUCCUUAUCCUGGAUGGACUCAUCAGACCUGCAAGAAGGGAACUACGUGACGUACAAGGGUUCAUUGACCACGCCGCCCUACACAGAGUGCGUCACUUGGAUCAUAUACGAGAAACCAGUGCAAAUUGGAGCGGAACAGCUGGGCCUCUUGAGGCAACUGGAGGGCUUCGACCACAAGCCGAUCGAGAGGAACGUGCGACCCACCCAGCGUCAUCCCCCAGGUCAUUCCGUCAUUUACGUCAAGCAAGUCAAGGCGAAGCUAUGACAACGUUUAUUAGAAAAUAUAUUUUUACUCAAAA